UCCGCUCAAUACGUUGCACCCAGUGCGACUUUCUGUACACGUUACAUCCGUAAGAUUAUCGAAGCAGCAAUGGCAGCCUUCUCUGAAAUGGGCGUUAUGCCCGAAAUCGCCCAAGCCGUGGAGGAAAUGGACUGGCUGCUUCCUACUGACAUCCAAGCUGAGUCCAUUCCCUUGAUUCUAGGCGGAGGAGAUGUCCUGAUGGCUGCAGAAACCGGUAGCGGUAAGACAGGAGCCUUCAGUAUUCCUGUGAUCCAGAUUGUGCAUGAAACGCUGACUGAUCAACUGGAGGGCAAAAAGAGUAGAGCCAGCAUCAAAACUGGUGGAGCUGUUUUCAACAACUGGCAGAUGAACCCUUACGACCGCAGUGCUGCCUUUGCAAUCGGGCCAGAUGGAUUCUGUUGUCAAAGCAGAGAGUUUAAAGAAUGGCACGGCUGCCGCUCCACAAAGGGCGUUGUUACCAAAGGGAAGUACUACUAUGAGGUGACCUGUCAUGACCAGGGGCUGUGUCGCGUGGGCUGGUGCACCAGCCAAGCAGCCCUUGACUUGGGAACGGAUAAAUAUGGAUUUGGUUUUGGUGGAACUGGGAAGAAAUCGAACAAUAAGCAAUUUGACAGCUAUGGCGAGGAGUUCACCAUGCACGACACUAUUGGAUGCUACCUAGAUCUGGACAAGAGCCAAAUUUCCUUCUCGAAAAAUGAUCAUGAUUUGGGUUUGGCUUUCGAGAUCCCUCAGCAACUGAAGAAUCAGCCCUUCUUUGCCUCCUGUGUGCUCAAGAACGCAGAGCUCAAGUUCAACUUUGGCGGUGAGGCCUUCAAGCAUCCGCCCAAGAGCGGCUUCGUAGCGUUGGAUCAGGCUCCAGAGGGCCAAACAGUCAAGUCUUCACAGACAGGCAGCGCCAAGGUGAGCCAGGCCAAAGCGUCCACCAACGCACCCAAGGCACUCAUCAUCGAGCCGUCAAAAGAGCUGGCCGAGCAGACCCUAAACAACAUCACGCAGUUCAAGAAAUACGUGGUCAGCCCCAAGCUCAGGGAGCUGCUGGUGAUCGGCGGCAUGGCUGCCAAGGAACAACUGGCUGCUCUGGAGCAAGGCGUGGACAUUGUGGUGGGAACCCCCGGCAGACUGGAUGACCUCAUAUCCACUGGGAAACUCAGCCUGUCCCAAGUCCGCUUCCUGGUCCUGGAUGAAUGUGACGGCCUCCUGUCAGCAGGAUAUACGGACUUCAUCAACAGGAUCUAUAAUCAGAUCCCUCAGGUGACGUCUGACGGCAAACGUCUGCAGGUGAUCGUGUGCUCGGCCACGCUGCACUCCUUCGACGUGAAGAAGUUGUCCGAGCGCAUCAUGCACUUCCCCACUUGGGUGGACCUGAAGGGCGAGGACUCGGUGCCAGAGACCGUCCAUCACGUGGUGGUGCCCGUCAACCCCAAGUCGGACCGCCUCUGGGAGCGCCUGGGCAAGAACCACAUCAGGACUGAUGAGGUCCACGCCAAAGAUAACACCAGGCCAGGCGCCAGCUCAGCAGAAAUGUGGUCCGAGGCUAUCAAGGUACUGAAGGGCGAGUACACGGUGAGGGCCAUCAAGGAGCACAAAAUGGACCAGGCCAUCAUCUUCUGCCGCACCAAGAUGGACUGUGACAACAUGGAGCAGUACUUCAUCCAGCAGGGAGGAGGUCCCGACAGUAAAAACCACCAGUUUUCCUGCGUUUGUCUCCACGGUGAUCGAAAGCCCAACGAGAGGAAGUACAACUUGGAGUGCUUCAAGAGGAAGGAAGUGAGACUCCUGAUCUGCACGGACGUCGCUGCCAGAGGGAUCGACAUCCAUGGCGUUCCCUACGUGAUUAACGUCACCCUACCCGAUGAGAAGCAGAACUACGUCCACCGUAUCGGCCGAGUGGGCCGAGCAGAGAGAAUGGGCUUGGCCAUCUCCUUGGUUGCUAUGGAGAAGGAGAAGGUGUGGUACCACGUCUGUCCCAACCGAGGCAGAGGCUGCUACAACACCCGACUGAAGCAGGACGGAGGCUGCACCAUCUGGUACAACGAGAAAGAGCUCCUAUCGGAAAUUGAGGAGCACCUCAAGUGCACCAUCACCCAGUGCGAGGCGGACAUCAAGGUACCAGUGGACGACUUUGACGGAAAGGUCACGUAUGGCCAACGCAGGGCGCUGGGAGGUGGCAACUACAAGGGUCACGUAGAUGUGCUGGCCCCCACGGUGCAAGAGCUGGCCAGCCUGGAGACCGAGGCCCAGUCGUCCUUCCUCCGUUUGGGGUACUUGCCCAAGCAGCUCUUCAGAGCCUUCUGAGUGCAACUGGCUGCUGUUCCCAAGCUCCCAAACAAUCAUUCACUAUUUCACACUGAAGAGUGUUUCCUGCUUAAAGGCCUUUACUGCAGAGUUAUCAAAACCUUUUCCUCAUGCCAGCACCAAAGCAGCUUUUGUUUCUGAUGAAUUUGCCUGGUAGAGGUAUUUCUUUUUGCGUAUUUCUUGGCUGCAGAAUCUGUGUGUGUUGGUGGAUCAGUCUUUUCUUUUCUCAAAUAAACAGUGGAGCCCAUCCUUUGUUACCAUGAA